AGAUCAACAACACCUUUUGUCAUCUAACCCACACUACUCUCUCUCCGAAAACAAACACACAAUCAAACGCAUCAAACCCUAACCCUAACAAUCAACGAUCAUCUUCCAAUGAACAACAACAGCAGCGUCAACGACGGAAACAACCGCCGGUAUCCUCCCGGUAUCGGCAACAACCGCAGCGGCGGAGGAUGGUACGGCGGCGGCGGCGGUGGUGGUAAUCUUCAACAAAACCCUAAUUACCACAAUCAACCUCGUAAUCCAAAUCAAAUUCAACAAAGUCAGCAACAGCAGCAGUCACAGUACGUGCAGAGACAGCAGCACGCACAACAACAGUACAUUCAGAAGCAACAGUGGAUGAAAUUGAACCCUAAUGUCUCUGGUUCUUCUACUGUGAAUAAUAAUAACAGUUUUGAAGUUGAAAAGGCCGUUCAAUCAGAAGCAACCGUAGAUUCCAGUUCUCAAGAUUGGAAGGCGCAGCUAAACAUACCCGCAGCGGAUAGCCGAUACAAGACUGAGGAUGUCACAGCUACAAAAGGAAACGAAUUUGAGGAUUACUUCUUGAAAAGAGAGCUACUUAUGGGAAUCUACGAGAAGGGUUUUGAAAGGCCUUCCCCCAUUCAAGAAGAGAGCAUCCCAAUUGCGUUAACCGGUAGCGAUAUUCUCGCUAGAGCCAAAAAUGGAACCGGGAAAACAGCAGCCUUUUGCAUUCCCGCUCUUGAAAAAAUAGAUACUGAUAACAAUGUCAUCCAAGUUGUAAUUCUGGUUCCAACAAGAGAAUUAGCUCUUCAGACGUCACAGGUUUGCAAGGAACUCGGAAAGCAUUUACAAAUUCAAGUAAUGGUCACCACGGGAGGAACAAGUUUAAAGGAUGAUAUUAUGCGCUUAUAUCAACCCGUUCAUUUACUUGUCGGUACUCCUGGAAGAAUUCUUGAUUUAACAAAAAAAGGAAUUUGCAAACUCGAUAACUGUACAAUGCUGGUUAUGGAUGAGGCUGAUAAGUUAUUGUCACCUGAGUUUCAACCUUCUGUUGAGCAACUAAUCGGUUUUCUUUCUGUGAACCGACAAAUUUUAAUGUUUUCUGCCACGUUCCCUGUUACCGUCAAAGAUUUCAAAGACAGAUACCUGAGAAAACCGUAUGUUGUCAACUUAAUGGAUGAGCUUACUCUUAAAGGUAUCACACAGUAUUAUGCUUUUGUAGAAGAAAGACAAAAGGUUCACUGUCUGAACACUCUUUUUUCAAAGUUGCAAAUCAACCAAUCUAUUAUUUUCUGCAACUCUGUGAACCGUGUAGAGCUAUUAGCCAAGAAGAUCACCGAGCUAGGUUAUUCUUGCUUCUAUAUUCAUGCUAAAAUGUUGCAAGAUCACCGUAAUAGAGUGUUUCAUGACUUCCGUAAUGGUGCAUGCAGAAAUCUUGUUUGUACUGAUCUAUUCACUAGGGGUAUAGAUAUUCAAGCAGUCAAUGUUGUUAUCAACUUUGACUUUCCUAGGAAUGCGGAGACAUACUUGCACAGGGUGGGUCGUUCCGGAAGGUUUGGACAUCUGGGUUUGGCUGUGAAUUUGAUAACUUAUGAAGAUCGCUUCAACUUGUAUAGGAUUGAGCAGGAGCUUGGAACUGAAAUAAAACAAAUUCCUCCUCAUAUCGAUCAAGCUAUAUAUUGUCGGUGAUUUAUGGCAUAUGCUUUGCAAGGGCCAAUUAUGUGUUCUCUGCAGAUGUAACACAUUUCCGAAGUUUAAAACAACGUGAAGAAACCAGGAGUUGAUUAGGCUGGAGAGAUAGAAUGAUAACAGUGAUCCAAGACAACUGUUAGGAUCUUUAGUAUUUUCAUUACAGCUUUUCUUUUAGUUUAGGAUUUGUCAUAUGCUAGCUGUGUAUACAACAGAUUGGGGUGAAUAGCAUGUAGUUUUUUCUGCAUUUCCUGAAAAAAAAAAGAAAAAAAAACAAAAAACCCAAAAAAAAAAAAAAAGGAAACAACACUAGAAAACAGAAAGACCUUUUCCUGAGCAUUUUUCUUUUACAUUUAUGUUGGAUAUCAAUUUAAAGCUUCCUUUUCUUUUUCCUGUUA